AGUAUCGCCUUAUUCUGCUCGAAAAAAAAAACCAGCAUCGUCUCCUCAUCCUCGCACUGUUCAUCAGCUCAUCGCCAUCGGCGCGUCUCUGCUGCAAUGGAGGCGGCUGAUCCCAAUCCCAACCCCACAGUGGUGCUGCACGCCUGCCUGGGCGUGGGCCACCUGAUCCCCAUGGUGGAGCUCGCCAAGCUCUUCCUCGGCCGCGGCGUCCCCGUCGUCAUCGCCGUGCCGACCCCGCCGGCCUCCACCGCCGAUUUCUUCUCUUCCACCGCCUCCGCCGUCGCCGGCCUCGAGGCCGCCAACCCUUCCAUCGCCUUCCGCCACCUGCCGCCCCCGGACUACCCCGACCCCGACCCCCACCCCUUCCUGCAGAUGCUCGACCUGCUCCGCCUCACCGUGCCGUCCCUCCUCGCCUUCCUCCGCUCCCUCCCCUCCGUCGCCGCGCUCGUCCUCGACCUCUUCUGCAUCGACUCCCUCGACGCCGCCGCCCAGGCUGGCGUCCCCGCGUACAUCUACUACACCUCCUCCGCCGGCGACCUCGCGGCGUUCCUCCACCUGCCCCACCACUUCGCCACCACGGAGGGGAACUUCAAGGACAUGGGCAAGGCGCCCCUCCGCUUCCCUGGGGUCCCGCCGAUCCCGGCGUCCGACAUGCCGCACACCGUGAUGGACCGCGCGGACCCGAUCUGCACGAUCAGGGUCGGGCACUACGGGCGCAUCCUGGAGGCCCGGGGCGUGCUGGUCAACACCUACGAGUGGAUAGAGGCGAGGGCUGUGAGGGCGCUCAGGGAGGGCGUGUGCGUCCCCGGCCGCCCGACCCCGCCGGUGUACUGCAUCGGGCUGUUGAUCGUGGAAGGCGAGGCGGCGGCGCAAGGCGAGCGGCACGCGUGCUUGUCAUGGCUGGACGCGCAGCCGGAGCGGAGCGUGGUGUUCCUCUGCUUCGGCAGCAUGGGCGCCGUGUCGGCGGCGGAACUCAAGGAGAUAGCGCACGGGCUCGACAACUCCGGCCACCGCUUCCUGUGGGUCGUGCGUACCCCUCCGGUUGACCCGGCCAAAUUCUUCCUGCCGCGUCCGGAGCCAGACCUGGAUGCGCUCCUCCCCGAUGGGUUCAUGGAGAGGACACGAGAUAGGGGGAUGGUGCUGAAGAUGUGGGCGCCGCAGGUGGAGGUGCUGCGGCACGCUGCCACCGGCGCCUUCGUGACACACUGCGGUUGGAACUCUGUCCUGGAAGCCGCGUCGGCCGGCGUGCCGAUGCUCUGCUGGCCGCAGUAUGCAGAGCAGAGGCUCAACAAGGUGUUUGUGGUCGACGAGAUGAAGUUCGGAGUGGUGAUGGAGGGAUAUGAUGAGGAGCUGGUGAAGGCUGAAGAGGUGGAGAAGAAGGUGAGGCUGGUGAUGGAGUCAGAGGAAGGGGACAAGCUGAGAGAGAGGCUGACAUUGGCCAAGGAGAAGGCUGCUGAAGCACUGGCACACAGCGGGCCGUCACGGAUGGCGUUUGCUGAGUUCUUGAAGGAUUCGAAGCUUUCGACAUGAUCAAGCACACAAGAUAGCAACGGGAUUGGUCUUGGAAUGUGUGAUUCUAAUGGUUUGCAUCAAUUCCCACUUUGAAUCGCGAACUUGCCCUUGUGGUGUUAAGAGGAUGCGGUGAAAGUUAUUUGAGGCAUAAUAGCUGCUUUAGCAAUAUACUAUUGAAAUGAUAUGUGGUAGCUCUGUGCUUCUGAAUUCCAGUCUGAAGCUUUCCUCAGUUACUAUGUUGUAUUCAAAAUUGACAGUACAGAGGAUCUGUUGUAUUUAGCACAUGCUUCCUUGAUGAAUUGUUAUGGUUAUUAUUGUUAA